ACGUUCAUUUCUUUAUUAUUUGUUUUUAGUUUGUUUUGGUUUUUGAUUUUUUCUUUGGUCAAUUCAAAAUAAAUUAUUUACUUUUUUAACACAACAAUUAAAUACUAAGAAAGGGCCAAGUGUAACAAGAUUUGUUUGAUAUGGAAAAUGAAUUACGGAAAGGAGAAAAAGAUUCAAUGGAAAGCACACGUAGACUUGAUUCAACUACAAUAUCUUUGAAAGCGCUAAUCGUAUUUUUCGCAGCUUCUAUACUUUCUUCAGUUAUCAUAGACUUUCUGCCAAUACAACAAAAUCCCUGGAAAUGGGAUACCACAAAGACGAGCGCGCCCCAAUAUUGCACAGAGGAGAAAACGUACGCCAUAUAUGCCAGAAGCAAGAGUGAGGAUCACUUGAUACACGUUGUUAAUGUUUUGGAGAAAUUGGGUUACACUCGUGUUAGUUUGGAGAAAAACUGGCAACUGUUAUGGGCACAUGACUAUCCAUUUUUAAAGAUGAAGGAACGUAUGAAACGUUUAGAAAACUAUCAAAUUGUGAAUCAUUUCCCGGGAUGUGGAUUUCUAACAAAUAAGGUAGACUUAUCGACGUCUGCACUGCUAUUUCUUCCGCGUGCCUUUCGUCUCCCAUCACAAAAAGAUGAAUUUCUGGAAUAUACCCGACUAAACCCAUCAGCUCUUUUUGUUGAAAAACAUAAUGAACAUCGUCACAUUGUUAUACGUUCGCCAGAGGAAAUCAAUCUAAACUCCACUACAUCCUUUGUCCAGGAGUAUAUCCAAAACCCAUAUUUAGUUGAUGGGUAUAAAUUCGAUAUGGGCGUCUAUGUCGUUAUCACAUCCGUCAAUCCAUUGAGGAUCUACAUGUACAGUGGGGACGUUUUAUUUCGAUAUUGUCCAGUUAAAUAUCAUCCAUUUGAUGCUUCCAAUAUUGAUAAAUACAUUGUUGGUGACGAUUAUUUGCCAACAUGGCAAGUGCCUUCUUUGAUCAAAUAUUAUUCGCAAUUCGGCGGCAGCAUGAGAAGUGCAUUCGAUGCUUAUGUGAGGGAUCAGCAGAUGGAUCCAACAGGGAUUUGGGUGCAAGUCGAAGAUAUAAUACGCCGUACAAUUUUAGAAAAAGAACGAGACAUUGUGAAUAUUCUUCGGUCGUAUAAAACGCGCAAUUUUUUCGAUUUGAUGCGUUUUGAUCUUAUUGUUGAUAAAAAUUUGAAAGUCUAUUUGAUGGAAGCAAACAUGUCUCCAAAUCUUUCAUCAGCGCACUUCAAGCCAAAUUCAGUUCUUUAUGAACAAAUACUGUACAACGUUUUGAAUUUGGUUGGUAUUGGAACACCAAUUAAAAUGCCGGAUGAUUGCAGAUUAAAUGCUGUUAAUGAAAUGAUAGCAACAGAUCAGAGCCUGUCGACGAACCUCAAUAAAUGUGCAUCACUAGCCUGCCACAGGUCUUGCAACAAACAAGGAUGUGAUCUGUGUUUGCCUUGCCUUACAGGAAGUGAGUAUGAUAUGUUAUAUAGAGCACACAUGGAACACCUUCAUAGGGGUAACAUGAGACGUCUGUUCCCCCCGUCAUUUAUUAGAGCUGAUACAGUAAAUAUCAACGCAGAAAUACAAAAUAUGACAAAACUCAAUGCUUGGAUGACACGAUGGUUCUUCUACAAGUGCCUUUACGAUGCCAGCUGGUGUCAUUAGAAUAAUACGUUGCAUUAAGAUAACACGAGGUUGACCUUUGUGGAAUGUAACGUUUUAAUGGGAUUUUGAUGUAAUCGUUACUUUUUGACAAUAACUGGAAUCUCUUUAAAAUGAGUAUUGUACAUUGUUUUCAUUCUAAACCUUUCACAGAUAUUAUUACGCGAGUGAGAUAUUAUUUAUUUUUAAUUGGCAAAUCAAAGAACAACAUUCCUCAUUAAUUGUUAAUAAGUAUAUUAUGUACAUAUAUUAUUAAAGCUGAUUUUUUCAUUAACUCGCCUUUACACGCCCUUGAAUAAAUAAAAUAACAACCAAGUUCUGAGACCAGAUCCUGUUGCGACUCUUCUGUCGUAUAUGCUUCUUUAAAAUUCUGAAACAAA